AUGCAACGGUGCUUGGUGAUAAUUCUGAUUUAUGCCGGUGGGACAGCGUUGGCCUCGGACUCGAGCGUGAGUUUUUUUAAAUUUCGUUAAAUUUUUUUUUAAUUUUUUUGGUUUUUAUUUAAAAAUAUUAGAAUUUUCAAGUUUUAGGUAACAAUUUCGUGCUUUUCAUUAAAAUUUCUUAAAAAUACGCUUUUUCACAUUUUUAAUUAAUAUUAGGUGCCGACAUAAAGAACCCGCCAUACUUUGCCUGUAUUUUACUGUAAAAAGUGGCGGGUUCUUUAUGUCGGCACGAAAUAGUUAAGUUUUCUUGCAAUAAUAACGUUUCUUUUCAGGAAUCAACAUCGUCAGAACGUUGUGAAUUACCAGUAAAUUUUCAAAAUCUACCGACUUUUGCUCAAGAUGAAAUUAGGGCUGUUUGGUAAGGCAUUUCAUAAGCAAAAUUUUAUUUAUUCGGUGCCGACAUAAAGAACCCGCCAUACUUUGUCUGUAAUUCCUUGUAAAAAUGGCGGGUUCUUUAUGUCGGCACUUAAUAUUUUAUCAUAAAUUGGAAUUUUAGUAUAAAACACGAUAUUUUUUAUAAAAAUAGUGUCAUUUUAUCACUAAAAAGCUAAUACCAUCGCUUUUUAAACUAAAAGAAUACUUAUUUACAGGAAAAACUACGUUCCCGGCCAAAAUUGUAAAAAAGAAGUACUAAUCACUGAAGAUAUUUUAUCAGUAUUGGAAAUGUUUGACAAAGAAUUGAUAAUCGAUAAAGAUUUUUUGUCCUCUGGCAGUAAAUUCAACCAUUUCACUACGAAUCCAUUAAAUCAACGGCUACAUCAGAAGGCCUUGGAGGGUUCUGAAGUCGGCUUUUCUACAACAACUGCUGGGUCUUUUAAUUCUGAAGCUACAAACGGUCAGAAUCUGAAUUCUCAACCUAUACGAACUCAAAAUCCUAAUACUGAUGGGGUUUUAAACUCUGAUAAUAGACGAAUUCAAAGUACAAGUUUUGAAAAAAGUAUAACUUCAAGACUUCCUAGUGCUGACGUAGAGUUUCCAACGUUAGUACCAAAUAUUGAGCCAGAUUUUAGUGAAAAAACGUUAACUAAUGACAAUUCUAACUCAAAUUUGGAACUACAAAACCAAGAUUCUACACGAUUUGGAAGCUUAGAAUCUACAAUUUCUCCAGUUUUCAACAAAGACUUUUCCACUACAACAAACUUUAGUCUGCUAUCUACUACAACACCACUGGCAAAUUGGGAAGUAGAUCAUACUGAAACGACUACAACAGUUUCUACCGUGAAUCAGUGGAUUCAGACGUUUCAACAGCCAAAUAUUAAUCAGGAUUCUGAAAAUUUACAAAACCAACAAAACUUUAAUCUUCAGGCUACAGAACAACAACAAAAGUUGGCACAAAUAGCUCCAAUUGUGCCAGAAGACAAUGCUAGGCCAAGUAAAACAGUUCAAAAUCCAGAUUCUCGGCUCCGACAACAAUUUAAAAACCCAAAUGAAGUCUUAAAACAUUUGAAAGAUACCAGUAAUAGUAGUGGUGAUGACAAAUCUACUCCAAAAGAACGGCUAGAGCAUGAUCAAACUGGUUUGAAUUUAAGAACUUUGUUGCAAAGUUCAGAAAACGACCGUCAGUUAGAAUCAAGUGAAGACCAUCAGUCAAAAUCAACUGAUUUAGAAGCUUCUAAGCCUAAAAUUGAUCUCAGAAUGUCAGAAGAAGAAAGCCCAAAUUCAGAAGAGAGCAAAACCCGGUCUUCUGAAGACGAUCAAUCCCCAGAAGCGCCAGUAAUCCACGAUAGAACUAGUGUAGCUCAUUUUAAAGGCGAAGACGAUGUGCUAACUUCUGAGACUACCAUUGCAGAUUUUUCGAACUUAAAUAUAGAAAAGUCAUCUAGUUAUGACAGCAGAAAAGAUUUUUCAAGUUUUGACAAAAGUAAAAGUUUUGUCAGACCAGAAAGCAAAAACAAGAAUAACCAACAACGUGAGUAUUUGGAAAAGGUACGAAGACCAUUAAAGACCAAGGUGGACUUCCAUGAAUAUCAAGAUUACGAAGAGAUUUUAAAACUUGAAGCUCAGAAGGCGCAAAGAGAUGAGGAGAGAAAGCAGAAGGUAAGUAUAACAUUGCUUUACCUUACAAUUACAGGCUGUGGUAAACGUUUUAUUGGUUAAAAAUUUGUUUUUCUAUCUGAAAAGUCUUUAAAACACAAUAUUAUACAUAUUAUUAGUGAUUACCUUCUUAUAUGAAACCUCAAAAACUUAUUCUAUUAAUACUAUCUCAACUAAAAUCUGUAGUGCUAGCUAUAGUACUAUCUAUUUGUUUAGUAGCUAUGAAAUUACAGGAGAUUGGAAACGAUAAGUUUUAUGAACCUAUUGACAGUGCUUUGCCAUUUUUACAAGGUGCUAGCCCAGUAGUACAAAGAGUGUUUAAGGAGGUGCUGAAUGACCCAGAUGUACUAUCUGAAGGGAAGCGACAAGAUGAGGUAUGAUAUUUGUUACCUAAUUUGAAAGUUUUAGGUUGUUUUUGAAAUUUAUUAGGUUGUUCACUUAAUUCUGCGCUCCCUCUCAAAGCAAAUUUGUGGGGUAAGGGGCGCAUAAUUAUGUGAAAAACCUAAUAAUAAAUUUUUUUAAUUUUAAAGUUAUGUCAGCACCUAAUACUUACAGUUAACUUUUUUGAUUAGCUUUUCAUUUUUUAAAUACUCUUUUUUGAUGUUUUAUAUAAAAUUAAAUUGAUGUUCUAUAUAAUUCUUCAGAUCCACGUCCUAGCGGUAUCGUACCUAAACCCAGAGCAAUUAGAAAUUUUUAACGACUGGUCGCUAGCUAGAAGGAAACGAAUUCAACAACGCGAGGAACGGCUGUAUCCAUUAUCUCGACCGGCUCGAACGGCACUCAAGGAUCUCUCGCUAACAGCGCAAUCGAAGCGAAUGCGCAAAGUGCGAUUGUUGGAUUCUGAAGUGCGGGAAGAGCUUCGAGAUUACGCAAUUCGCCUAAGGGAAGAAAAUCAUUGA